CCCCAAGUAUUCCAGACCCUUUCCUCCGCGCACGGCGUCUCCGAUUACCGGUUCAGAUAAAAUGCUGCAGUUAUUUCUAUCUAAACCAUCAUCGAAGGAAAAUGCAGAUGAUGAAUCAGCUGAACAGAGAAAAGCUCUUCUGAAUGAGCUAGAAUCAGUCAUCUGGUCACUGAUAUCCGUGGAAGGUCGAUCUGAAUCUCGUCUUUGGCUCUGCAAUGCUAUCGCAGGGGUACGGUCUAUAACACCCCGUAAUCAACACGAGUUAUUCAUUACCUUAUUGAGGUCUAAGCCACUAAAGCGGCCCUUAGUCGGACAACUCCUACGAUUGCUUUUCCAGAAGGAACCUCAGAAAGCAGGGCAUAUCAUUGCAAAGAAAUGCUUUUUAUUAGAAAAUUUCUUCAAAGGAAACCAAAACCGUAUUUUGCAGUGGUUUUCUAAUUUUGCUGGUACUGGUUAUGCAACCCAUACAAAGGGGGCUAAGGCACUGUCCCAGUUUGCUUUUGUAAAUAGAGACAUCUGUUGGGAGGAGCUCGAGUGGAGGGGGAAACAUGGGCAAUCUCCUGCAAUGGUUGCCACAAAGCCCCACUAUUUUCUUGAUCUGGAUGUCGAACGAACAGUGGAGAAUUUUCUUGAGUAUGUUCCUGAAUUUUGGUCAUCUAAGGAAUUUGCCGAGUCACUGAAAGAUGGUGAUAUUCUGACCAUUGAUAAUAAUUUUUUUGUCAGUAUGUUUGUUGACUUGAUGUACAAGGAGGAUUUGAAAGAAGUUUGGGAAAUUGUAGAUGAGUUUCUCAUUGAGCAAUCUUUCUCUUUCUUAUGUCAACACCUUCUCAUCGUUCUUGGGGAACAAGAUCUAAAGGUUUUCUUGGAUUUACUCCAAAGAUAUGUUAAACCAAGGUUGCAAAAGAUGGAUUGUCAUGAUUCUUCUUUUUGGCUGGAGAUCAUACUCUCCACUUGUGAUGGCAGUAAUUCUCUUGAUCAGUUGCUUCUCUUGAAUGCAGUUACUACUCAAACUCGGCAGCUUAUGCGAUUUAUACGUGACGAAGGAAGUCAGGAGCAAAAGGAAAAGGUUAAGCAUAUUGUUUUCCAAAUUUGUACACCAACAAUCUGUAAAGAUAGCUUUAUACCAAUUCUAAGAGAAUGUUUCAGCAGAAAAUCUUUAGGAACUAUAAAAUGGUUGGGAUUGCAGUCUUGGGCAUUCCACUAUUAUUUAUCUGAGGAAUUCCAACAUUCCAGUUCCUGGGAAUGUUUAUUUGUCGGCAAUGACAUAAGCUUUCGCAAGUCCAAGACUUAUCCAAUAUUAGAUCACGAUCAACUUCUGGAAGAAAGUGAGUCUGAGCAGGACACCAGGUCAGCCAGAAAUAAGCGCAAGAAAAGGCAAAAACACAAAAAGAAAAAGAGAAGGGAUCUUGAAUUUGAAGAAUUAGAUGGGGAUGAAUUUGCCGAUGUUAUUGAGGAUAGAGCGGAGUUGCAUUUGACAUCUGGUGACUGGUUGCUUUCUACUGAUGGGUAUGCGACUACUUGGAGCAGCGUAGACCUACCUGAGCACAUAUCAAAACAUUGCUUCUUCACGUGGAUGAAGUGGGUUAUUGAGGGCAUGGACAGAUGAUCUUUCAUUCGUGGGUGGAGUUCUUAUCUAACAACAAAAAGAUUAUGGUCAUCUUAUGCUUUCCAUAUCCAUCCCCUUAUGGAAGAACUUGCAGGUGGAUUCGACAAGUGAGAUAAAAAGGGGCCGGUUCUUGAUUUUUCACUCUGGUUCAACGUCAGGAAGCAUCUAUUAAAUGGUGCUUCGUCAUUGCCUUCUGUCCUGAUUGCAACUUUCUAUUUCUUUUACCUUGAAUCCCGCCUUGUAAGUCAAGUAUCUGCCGAAGCAAUUCUUCACUGGUUGUGAAGGUAACGAUCAAUAUGAGGACAUUGCAGGUUUGAGUUCCGCUCUUUCCUUGGGCCUUAUGUGCUUAAAGCAGACCUUUCUCUGCCUAAUGUUUUCUUUGUUCUACACCAUGUUUCCAAUGGGCAAUGGCCCUUUAUUGCCAUUUGCCAGUGCCCAGGAAAGCCAGAAGUUUCUUUUGCAUCUACUUAUACAGAUCCUAACAGUUAAUUUUUCAUGUAAUUGAAGUUUGGAAAUGUAGCCCCAUCGAUUUCAUCUAACUUUUUCAUCAUAUGAUGUAUUGACGGUGCUACUCUAUUUUCCUCGAUGAAUUAUAGUUGUGGAGGAUUUGGAUUAUGAGCAAUAUUUCAGUUUACUACUGAA